AUGGACGAUUUUAAUGAUUUAUUCCCUGUCAACGAUUUGUAAAGUAGUUGGAAGAAGAAGAAUGAAAAGAAAGCACCCAUGAAACAAGGCAAAUUUACAGAAGAUGAAAUCGAAAAAGUAAAAGAAAGUUUGAUUUCUUAUGCAUUAUCUUAAAACUUAUCAGAAGAAUAAUUUGCUAAUUUAUUUAGCAAUUCUCAAAAAACAACUAUGCCAAAAGCUUGGUUACAAAUAGCUAAAGUACUUCCAGAGAGAUCCGUGGACAGUGUCUAUAAAUUCAUUAAAGCAAGAUUCAACCCAGACAAUUACUAAGGACAUUGGACUAAGGAGGAUGAGUAGCAUCUACUUCAAUUAGUUAAUUAAUUUGGUCGGAACUACACUUAAAUAAGCAAAAUUCUCAACAGAACACCUCAAAAUAUUAGGGAUAAAUAUAGGCAAUUGGGAGAUCAUAAUCAUGAACUUAGAGAACUAGUCUGGACUUUAGGAGAGGCAGUUCAUUUAUUGAGAUUGAUUUCAAAGAAAAAUAAUGCAAAUUUUAUUAAGGAGGACUGGUUAGACACAUUAACAUAAUCAUUUGGUGAAGACUGGCAAGAUGUAAUUCUAACUACUCAAUCAUAGAAAAAGAAGUUUCGUAAAAGAACUUAUUAUGAAAUUUAAUAAGAGGACACUUAGACUUAAUAAUUACUAAAGAUCAUUGAUUUGAAAAAACUGUAUUCUACUUCUCAUAAAGAUAUUCCUUGGACCUCAAUAGCUACCAAAAUUCCAACCAAAAGUCAUGAUGAUCUUAGAAACUUUUGGAUGCAAUCUUUAAAUUAGUGGCAAUUACAAGUCAAACUCAAAAUCGAUGAUGAAUAAUUAUUUAAUGAUAUUAUUCUUUAAGAUCCAUAAGAGGAAUAAGAUAUCGAUUUUAAUCUGGUCUUAAAGAAUUUCAAUCUAACAAAGAAUGAAAAAAAAAAUGCCUGGGAAACUUUAAAAAAGAGAGUCUAAGUGAGAGAUUAACUUGAAUUUGAAGAACUUUUAACUAAAAUAAGACAAUUAUUUUGUAAGUCAAAAAAGGAAUAAAAAUAGAUGAAACUUGAAUAGAAAAAUUUGAAUGUUACUUCAUUCAAUAAAUUAGUUGAUGAAUUUAAGGCGUUAAAAGAAGUAUAUUGA